AUGUCGGAACGCAAGGUCUUGAACAAGUACUUCCCGCCGGACUUUGAUCCGAGCAAGAUCCCUCGGCGGAAGAUGCCCAAGGACAAGCAGCAAAUCGUUCGUUUGAUGGCGCCGUUCAGUAUGCGUUGCAACACCUGCGGCGAGUACAUCUACAAGGGCAAGAAGUUCAACGCGCGGAAAGAGACGGUGCAGGGCGAGGAGUACUACGGGAUCAAGAUCUUCCGGUUCUACAUCAAGUGCACGCAAUGUUCUGCCGAGAUUACCUUCAAGACCGAUCCCAAAAACUCCGACUACACCUGCGAGCACGGCGCCCAGCGGAACUUCGAGCCCUGGCGAGCAAAGGAGGACAAGGAGGAGGAGGACAAGCUGGCGCGGCUCGAGGAGGAGGAGAACAACCCGAUGGCGGCGCUCGAGAACAAGGCGAUCGACUCGAAGCGCGAGAUGGACAUCCUCGACGCGCUCCAGUCGAUCAAGUCGCGGAAUGCGCGACUCGAGCGCGCGGCCAAGGGCGACGACGAGCGGAUACUCGACCAUAUCAGCAGCCGAACGGAGGUCGGCGACCGCGAGAUCGAGCAGCGGCUGAACGAGUUCGACGCGCAGCGGAAGAAGGAGGAAGAGGAGGACGAGGAGGAGGUGCGGCGGGUAUUUGGGCGGGCCUACCUCGACGGCGUACCCGACAUCGAGCUCGACGGCGGGCCUUCCGAAUCGUCCGGAUCCGAGCCGACGACGCCUCGAGACGGCGAGGACCUGCCGACUGCGAGCGGGUCGGGCUCGUCGGCAUCGCCUGUGCCCGCCGCCAAAGCCGCCGCCGUCAAAGCCGCCGCCGUCAAGCGCAAGCUGGAUGCCGUCGAGCCGUCGGCAGCGUCGCUACUGUCGGAGGAGUCCAAGUCGAUCGUGACGAAGAGCUUUGGGACGAUGCAGCCGCCGAAGAAGAAGAAGGCGAACAGCGCGCUGGCGAGCAAGCUGGGCAUCAAGCUGAAGAAGUGA